UCCAUAAAAUAGAAAAUGAAGUAGCGUCUUUGAAGUGAGAACCCUGGAAUUGGGACUGAUGAACAGGGUCCAAAUGGUUCAAACUCUUCUAACUCUGUUUCGUGUCUUAAUACAACUGAUUAAAUCCAUGGAUACAAACAAUGUAAGCAGAUGAACCAUCUUUUAAGAUUGAUAUUGCAAGAUCUUUUGUCGAUUUCGUUAAUAGACAAAAGUCCAUCUCUAUCCUCAGAUGUAGAUUUAGUUACCCGACAAAGGUCAUCUGGGUAAUUGCACACUCCCAACACUUUCCUUAUAUUCCAUGCCUCACUCUUACGCACCCUUCAAAAGAGCAGAAGGCAGAGACUUGUCAAAAAAAAGGAGUGAAGAAGCAGUCUUCCUUUUAAAACCCCCCCUACUGAACUUUUUUUUCAUUUUAACUCGUGUCAAGGUUCCCUCCUUUGCAGUUCUACUACCUGUGUCUCUUUAUGGAAGAAGAUGAGAAUGAGAAUCCUUGGGAGUAUUUGAAAUCGAUUGAAAUUGUUACCAUGGUUUCUUCUUCGAAAACAAUUUCUAAUCUUUCUUUUCUCUCCUCAAAUGAACCUCUUCUCUCCUUCGUUAUCACGCUUUACAUUUUAAUUCUUCUUUAUUUCCCUCAAAGCUUUUCUCUCAAAAUCUUUUUCUUCCCUGUCCUCGUUUUGACUGCUUCCCUCUUGCUUUCCCUCCUUCGUCUCGGCGCCAUCCAAAGAACCCAAACGGAAACCAAAGAAAAAAGAAGCCUUGCCGAAGCUGAAGCAGAAAAAACAGAUUUUUCACAACAAGAGCUCAAAUGGUCCACAUGCAAAAAGGACCCAGAGCUUGUAAUGCAGAGUUUCGAAGAAACGUUCGUUGAAUGGGACGUGGGAGCUCCACUAGAGGUUAUAUAUGAAGGACAUGAAGGAGAAGAAGAGGAUCCCAAUGAGAACGUCUCCAAUCCGACCCGGGUUAUCGAGAGGUACCCUUCCUUGUCGCUUUACUACCCGGAGUCCGACUCGGAUAGCUCGUCGUCGGAAACGGACUAUCUGGCGAUCGGAGAAUGGGUUUCGUCGGAGAAGAUAUGUUACAGAUGGGAAGAGGAAGACAGAGAAGGUUUGAUUGAGAUAGCUUUGGAUAAGAGAGACUUGGAUUUUCAUGGAGAAGAAGAGAACUUGAUAGAGAUUGACAUUUCUUCUGUUAAGGAUUAGACUCAGCUAAUGCUGCAUUAAUCAAAUUUUAAUCAAAGGUUAAAGUAAAAAGUGUAUAGAGAGAGAGAGAGAGAGUUGAGGUUUUCGGAUUCUGGAAUCGGAUGUUGGAUUGUUUUGUAGAAGGAUUACCGCUUGUAUUAUAUCCAUGUUUAAACUUAAAGUACAAUUAGUCCCUAAACCCAAGAGUUUUAAUCGGGUUUAGGUUAUGAGAUAACUGGUAUUUGGCCCUUUCUUUCUUGUUCCUUUUCUUCUUUGGGGUGACAAGACCAAGAGUUGGUUGAGAAUUGUGAGGAACACGUGGCUUUGUUGUUGGAAGGGAAAGUGGAAGACAGGGUGACCUUGAUAAAUGGGGUUUGAAUGACAUGUACAAGUCUUAAAUGUACCCCAAGAAAUUCAUGAACAUUGGGGUGAUAGAGAUGUCACAUACCAAAAGAAGAGAAAGAACAGAAACAUCUGGCACGGCGGUCAAGUUGUGGCAGAUGUCGGACCAGAGAAAGAUAGGUUCCCUUCCUUUCCUACCACCAUCUCUCUUUCUUCAUUCUCAGUGCCAUGUUUCCAGCUGUUUCCCCUUCAUGAAUUUCGUCUUGUUUUGUUCAACAUCAGUUUUGAGAUCUCAACUGUUUCACCUGAUAAUUAGGUUAUGAGCAUGAGGUGAUUAGAUUUGGGAUUCAGUUCCCACCUUAGAACCUAGUAGGAAAACAAGAAAAACAGCACAGAUAAGAGCAAUUUUCAUUUGAUAUUUUUCUGCCUUUUUUGGUAGACACUGCUACUGAUCUCCAACGGUGCCAACUUGUCAGGGGAUUAAUAAACGAUUGGUAUGGGUUUUCAGGCCGAUAUAGUCCAAAACUGAACAAAAAUCUAAAGUGUUCAUGACUUCACAAGUGACUCACUGUGUGGAUAAGGUCAUACAGUUUCGAGUCUGGUUUUACAUGUUUGGUCUGUUUGGAGCAAAACUCAUCUAGGGUUUAGGGCUAUAGUUGAGAUGUAGACUAAACCUUAUCUUAACAAAGCCAACCAAGACCUUAUCAGAGUUAUUAGAGCACUGAGAACUGUACGUUGCCAAAUUUGAAUACUGUUCCAUUGAUGAGCUCUGAUUAGAUUUACGCCAAAUUUUGUGUGUUGAAGGAAAAGGAGUGCCAGGAGAUGAUAUACAAGCAAAGUCUGAUGUUUCCUUUGUUUGCUAGUUGGUGACGUGCCAACAUCAUGCAAAGCCUCCUUGAACAGCUUGGAGUAAUGGGACUGAACCACUUGAAUCAAUAAUGAAGAAAUAAGAGAAAUUUAUUGACUUUUCACACCGACGGCCGGCCCCCUUACAUCAAAAAGUUCUUUUCUUUCACUCUUGAUAAUUUAUCUAUGAUUUCAAAAGCUUUUUGAAGUUAGCUUUUGCUAUUCUUGUUAAGUUGUUAAUGCUAUUCAUUUUGAAGUGUACAGUCCCCGGUUUGACCUCUUGUUCUUGAAAUAUAUGUCUGGCUAGAUUUAUCCUUGGAUUCA